UGGGUCUAUUAUAUAACUUCAUGUACCUCUGCGAUUGUUAAGCGCAAAGGUAGUGUAACUCGAAACAUAUUAAGCGUAACUAGACAGUGAAUGUUUCCUGGUCGAGUUUGUCCGAGUUCUUCCGAUUGUUGGUAACCGCGUGAAGGUCUUGCUUCCCAUCCGUGGUACGGGCCUAUGGAGACAACCAACAAAACAAAACAUUGUAUAAGAAUUCCGUUGUCCAGCUUGAAGGUCAGAUUUGUAUAACUCCUCCACGCGUCUUCUGUGGAAUUCAGCCCUACAUAACAAAGGCUUUCUCUCCAACUUUAUAAAAUAUGUCCUCCCAACGAACACCAUUACGAUCCCACCUUCAGAAUGCGUUCAGGCCCCUGUUGCAACGUCAAGCAGGCCCUCUCAGAGUUACUCGAGCGAUAUCAACGAACAGGUCCAUCUACAAACCAAGCAAGAACAGCUACAAUCUCUUGCAGACAAAAUGGGACAAGACGAAGGUGUACAGGCCACACGCAAUGGAAAAUGGUUCAGUAUUGGCGCAGGUCGGUCAAGCCAAAGAUAUCAUCGGAUCGAAUGCGAAAAUCGAUGCGCUCUAUACGCCAAACUAUUCUGGUGCCGACACGGAGAAAACAUACCAGGCACACCCAGGCGGAUACGAGCCCGUCAAGAGCAAGAUCGCCGAAGCCAAGCGCGAGAUGCUGGACAGGAUUAGCAAGUGUCAACCACUAAAGCGUCUGGCGCGAAAGAUGGUUGAAAGCCUCCCGGAUGAGCCCUCGGUAAUCGAGGAAUUCGAUGAAGAGCAUAAAGAGCACCAGGAGCGGAUAAGAGGAGAACAACGGAUUGCUUAUGCCAGUUUCUGCAUGAUGGGCUUUAGCGUCGGGCUACUAUUGAUGAUCUGGUAGUCGUUGGAGAAUAAGAUACGGAUGAGCGUGACGAGAUCCAGAUGAGUGAGAUGCGCUUGAUUGAGAGACUAGGCACUAGAUGUGGGGGUUGACUGUUGUAAAGUCCAACCGCCGGUGAAGGAUGGCGACAGAUUUCUUUC